ACACAAGAAUCCAAGAUGAUUCAUACCACAAUCGUGCAGCACGUAAACAACGAACAUUGAUGUUGACUUUGUUGCUAGGUGUAGUGUGUAUCUGUGAGUGUAUAAUAGGUACCCUAGUACCAGUAAGGAAUAAGGUGGUGAUUUGUGCCACCAAAUUACCAACGUCCACGGUGGUAGAAGUAAGGUGUGGAAACAAGCCGCUCCAAUUUGUUGAAUAAAACACGCAUCCCAGUAGGCUUAUUUACUACGAAAUAGUAUGCAGCACAGUAUGUCCAUCUAUGUAUUAACAUUUCAACUUGUCCGUGUAUUUAUGAAUGAAAUAAGUGACAGAUUCGUUGGAGGGAAAAUAAAUCACAGCACUACGGUUUGUGGUUGGUCUUUGGUGUGAAUCGUGUGAUUGGUAGAUGAUUCGACAUUUGUGAUUGGGUAAUAAAUGACAUUGGCAUAAAUGUCAAAGAUUUAAUACAGUUUUCUAUUACUUAAUUUCAACUGAUCUCUCUAGACGUCGCUGCGGUGUGGACAGAUAAUGACAUAUAAUCCAAACCACGCGAUUUGUGUUUUCUACCAAUGAUUUUGAGGAAAGUUAUGAAUGAGGUUUCCACACCUUACUUCUACCACCGUGCCAACGUCUAUAUGCAUGCCAUUCGCCCUUAUUACUUCUGGGUAUACUGUUUUACAAUAGUUAAAUUGACUAUAAAAAUCGCACAUACAUACAGGAAGUCGGCUUUGAAAUUUCCACAAUUUUGCCGCCUUAUUGUGAUAGUAACCAUUGAUAGGGGACACCCAAUACUUCAGCUCAAAUAAUAAAUUUGCAACGUAUUUUAAACAAACUGCAUUUCUUUUUUAAGAUGUAGUGGCAGAUUUUCGGAAACAACUUAACGUGCGAUCUUUUAUAAUCGCCUCCUCUUGUAUACCAUAUAUAUACAUGAUGGGUAAAUUAUGUGGCAUUUUUAUAUAUAGUUCUUUAUUUCGCAGACAUUUUUCCAAAAUUAAUUUUAUUAUAACUAAUUACAUUAAAUUCGAAAAUUGUUCUUCGUUAAAAAAAUAUUUUUAGUAACAAAAAUUGCCGAACAUUCGAAAGGAACAACCACAAUAUGGGGAAACGAGGCUUGUUUAACCUGAAAACUUUGAUUAAGUAAUUAAUUAUAAUUACUGAUUUUCUCAAGGUGCUAGAUGCAUUUCAUUUAUCACUUUAACAAUAAUGGGUUUCACAAAUAAAAUCAGUGGAGUUAACGCCUUAUAAUACUAUUCAAAUGUGUUAUUAUCCCCACAACACCGAAACACUGUCAACACGUCUGAGCAGCUACGGUUUCUUCAACUUUUCGGACUAAACCAAACGAAACUAAAUUACACUGAAUUUCAUAACUUCAGUCCAGAAUAUGUCAGCGUAGCUGCUGAAACGCCUCAUUUUUCGGUGUUGUAAACACAAAAAUGUUUUUGAGUUCGUACACUGCACCAUGAACGAGAUCUUCGCUUUACAUUAAAAAUAACAUUUUUAGAAUACACUUUGCAGCGUUAUAAGUAUAAGAUUGAAACCAAUAUUUUUCUGUUAUGGAAAACAAAUUGCAUAAUAUCAUCAGGAACCACAUUUCCAUUCCAGAAGAUGAAAUUUCCAGGAACAAUCAAAUUCUUGCUUCUGUUCUUCCAAAAAUCAUAGACAGUAUGAAGAAAAAGGAUCCACUUUUUAAGGCUAUGUACAGACGUACUUUUUACGGAGGCAGCUACUACGAUGGUUUGAAAGUUGGCAAACCUGAAGAAUUUGAUUUAGAUUUGUUGCUUGACGUCCCCAAGUAUGCCGAACCUGAAUUACUUAGCAGUGGGUACCCUGGUUUUGUCAAGGUGCGCGUUAAUAAAUAUCAUGCUUGGAUGAAACAACCUGAAGCAACACCAUCUUAUGAAAAAUUUGCAAAACUUUUUGAUAGUCAGUGUAAUUUAAAUACUGAAAAGACAUUGGCUUGGAUGGAAGGUCUUGUCCAGAAGAGUUUGAACGAUUUCCAGAAUGAAAGGGUUGCCCCACAGAUCACUUUUAGUAAAUCAGGUCCGGCUCUGACGCUUCAUGUUUCUGAAUCUAAUAAGAAAAUAAUGGACAUAGAUUUGGUUCCAUGUUUUGUUUUUGGUAGUGAUAAAUGGCCUAAGGGCUUCCGAAGUAAUCCUGUUCCUUCAAAGCCAGAAUUUUUUAUUGUUCCCAAAAGACCAAACAACUGCAAAAAACAAGAGCAGUCACAUCACUGGCGUCUUUCUUUCCAGGAGCAAGAAAGGGAGCUGAUUUCUGAUAAAAUGAUGUUAAAGCCAACUGUUAAACUGUUAAAGAUCAUGAGGGAUAUGUAUGAAGAUAGAUGGAUGGCUAGUUACUACAUUAAAACUGUGUUUCUUCAUUUAUGCGACCAGAAGAAUGAACAGUUCUGGAAAUCAUCUUUGACUCAUGUCUUUAAAACUACAUUAAGAGACUAUAAAGACGUAGUGAAAAAUGGAAAAAUACCAUAUUACUGGAAUGAAAAUAAUAAUUUAAUAGCCAACAUAAGUAAUAACUGCAUAGAAAAUUUUACUAACCGGUUAGAGAGGCUAUUGCAAGAGUUAGAAAAAAAUCCAGAAAAUGUGGAAAGUUGUUUACUGAGGCAGAGAAAACAAAAAAGAAGUUACUGGACUGGCAAUGAAUUUUCGCAUCGUCAUUUUACAGACCCACGAAAUGACCUGACUACUUGCGCCGGACUACUAUUAAUUAUUUUCUUGUUAAAUUCUACCUCUUUCUUUGCAUUUUUUCAAUCUCUACUUAUUUCGCUAAUACAAAACCUUCCACUAGUCAUUUUUUCUGUAAUGCUUCUGUUUGUUCUUUAUUUAAUCAAAAAAUUUAUAGAUUUCGUCAAAAGUCUACCCCAAGAAGUAAUACUAAAAUACUCUUCAGUCGUAGCUGUUAUCACCUGUUCGUUUUUCGAUAAAAAUCCUAGAAUUUUCCUUACAUUUUUCUCAGCGUGUGUAUUCUAUGAACUUUUGGAAUCCGUUAGGAUUGCUAAAAACGAUAUUUCCUUGGAAAGAUAUUUUCCCACUGUACUCAUCGUUAUUACGUUCACAGUUCAUCAUGCGAAUCCUCUUUACCUUGUCCUUUUUUCUUUAGUUCUCGUAGGGUUGAUCACACUGUGGUUGAUAAUAUGGUUUUUGUGCUUGAAAAGUGAACUCAUAAAAACAUCAACGUUUUUAGUGUUUGCGUUUGGAACAUACAAUUUUCCUCCUUUUGUGCUAAUCGUGCCUGCUUUGGCAACUUUUCUGUUAGUGUGGAAGACUCUAACAUUAGGUAUAAAGUAUUUGACCGUACAGCACUACCGUAUGUUGGCUGCUGGAAUUUUGUGUUUUCAAUUUGCUCCUGAUAUUUUUUAUUUGCUUAGAAUAAUUGUAUUUCUAAUGUUAGCAAAAGUGCUAACAUGGACGCUGAAUGUGCUUUUAAGUAUCGAAAACAUAAUUGUUACUUUAUUCAUGUUGAGUUCUUUUUUCCUAAGUGUCUUCGAUGUUCAAGAAUCUGCAAUAUUCCUCUUUCUGCAUGGAUUUGUAUUAAUUAUAAUCAAAAUGAUUGUUUUAUUUUUGGGUAAUUUAAAGUUAGAAAAUUGUGUUGCGUUGGCACUCGUUUUAAGUUGCUUUGAUGUUGAACACACAGAAGCGGCAAAUGUGAGGCAAUGGUACAUUUCACUGUUUGCUAGAUGUCAAACGAUUUAUGAAAGUCCGGAAUAUAGGGGAAUUUCCUUUUUAUUCAUGUCGUUGAUCGAACUGUGUGCCGUGUUGUUAGUCUUACGUGUCCCAGCGUCCACUUCGCUAAACAUGGAAAACGUACUGCAAGAAAUAAAUAAAAGAUUUAUAUCGUUACCAGAUGAAGAAGUUCGCAGAAAUAACAGAAUUUUGGAUUCGGUACUCACGACAUUCGUGGAUAAAAUGAAGACCAAAGAUCCCCUUUUCAAAGCAAUGUUCAGACGUGUAUUCUACGGUGGCAGUUACUACGACGGCCUUCGUGUUGGUAAACCUGAAGAGUUCGACUUAGAUCUAUUACUUGAUAUCCCUACAUAUGCGCAACCUGUUUUAAUGGAAAGCAAUAUACCUGGUUUUGUCCAUUUGCAAGUCAAGAACUUCGAUGGCUGGAUGAAACAGCCUGAAGCUAAGCCAGGUUAUGCAAAUUUUAAAAAAUUGUUUGAUGACAAGUUCUUCUUGAGUACAGAAAAAGUGUUAGCUUGGAUGCAUGGUGUUAUCCAGAUAACUUUCAACGAUUUUUCGCCGUCUAGCAAUGGGGUAUAUACUUUUCAAAAUCCAACGGGCACCUUUAAGAUUAAGUUCAGUAGUUCUGGACCAGCGUUGACUCUUCAUAUUGCAGGAGCUGGGGUGAAAAUGGACGUGGAUUUUGUAACAUGUUUUGUUUUUAGUGGGAAGAUGUGGCCUAUAAAUGGUUUUAAAAGUAACCCUUUUCCUUCAACUAAGCCGGAAUUUUUCAUAGUACCUAAGAAACCCAAAGCUCCAGAAAAUCAGCCAAUUCCUCGAUAUUGGCGACUGUCUUUCCAAGAACAAGAAAGGGCUUUAAUGGAGGACAAAAGAACUCUGAAGCCUACAAUCAAAUUGCUUAAAAAAUUGCGUGAUAAUCAACAACAAAGCUGCAUCGCUAGUUACUAUAUCAAAACGGUUCUUCUUCACAUUAUGGCACAAAAGGAGAUCGAUUUUUGGAGAAAACCGCUGAGUCAUGUUUUCUUCGUAGUUUUGGAAGAAUACAAGGAAUUUAUAAAAGAGGGAAAGAUCCCUUACUAUUGGAACAAGAAAAACAAUUUAAUAGGCAAAGUAAAUGCAGCAACUUUGCAAAAUGUCAGUGGAAGAUUGACAACGAUUAUUAAGGAGGUUAAAAAUUUUCCUGAUAAACCAGAAAUCAUCGCGAAAUAUUUACUGACGAAAGAAGAAUAUAGAAGCUUUAUUGGCGAAACAGCAAGUACUACCGGUGGUGUAUGUCCACAGCCCACCACUAGUAACAACGAUCAAGACAAAUCAAGUUGUUUACUUAGUUAAGUCUCAAUUUUAUCAUUUAUCUAUUUUAUACUUAACAGGUUUCGUUAAUUAUAUUCGAAUAAAUUAA